UAGUCCACAUUGUUCUUCUUUGCUUGUAGGUUCUCGAACUCGAAUGGCCUCAAAGGUCACAAGAAAGCGUAAACUUGAUGACAUGCAGGAGGCUCCCUCAAUGAAGAAAGUCAAGGUUGCAGACGGCUCUGCUGUCCCCGUGGCCUCCUCUUCGAAAGCCGCACAGCAACCUGAGCAGGCUCCUGACCCGCCUGCACACGGUGGUGCCAUACAAGAAGGAGAAGCAACUAAACAGACACCGCCAGCGAAUGCGAAAAGAAAUGAGAAGAAGAGAGCAGCAUCUGGUGCUGAUGGUCGAGAGGCAGAGCUGACGGCUAAGCAGCAGGUCCGAAAGCUUGCCCCGCCGCGCCCAUUCCCAACAGUGCCAACAUCUGUCUCAGCAACAGGACCUCGCUCUGCUCAUAGUGAAGGCAAGAACUAUAUCUGUGUUACACGAAAGACCCCGCUUGGUGCAUAUUUGCGACGAUGUAAGGAUCUCAUUCUGAAAGAUGGGUACAAAUCAUUGCACCUGAGCGCAAUGGGUGCCGCGAUUCCCCAUCUAGUGACAUUGUCAACGUCGUUACCGACGAUCCUUCCUCACGCGCCGGAGGAGAUCCAUACAGAGAUCCUGACUGGUACCGUAGAAGUGCAAGACGAGCUUAUUCCAGAUGAUGAGGACGAAGAUAUCUCGUAUCGAACUCGAGGCAAGUCUACCCUUAUGGUCAUCAUCAGAAUUGGCGAUGGCGUCGACGAACUGCUUCGUGCCACUGGAAAGGGCAAAGGCAAGCAGAAGUCCAGUUCUUCAACUCCUGGAGCUGCCCAACAGAAGUCUGGCAAAGGCAAGCAGAAAGCGAACCCAUCACGGUCGACUGAUCCCGAUCGUAUCAUAAUUCGAGCGGAAGACAUUGAAGACAUGGAAGAAUAAGCAAUGGUUCAACUUCAGUUUUCUUGAAGAUGACAGUCAUCUUCCAUCCUCAGUCCGACACGCGAUCCCCCAAGUUUCUUAUGAAGUCCCCGAAGUGACUUAUUUCCAAGUGUAGUGUCAUCUGUGCACAAGGUGUUCAGCAGAUUCGUUUCUAUGGAUCCGACUACAAUCCACGUCUCGACUCCAAUAUCAUGCUUGUCGUCAUGAAUUCCUUUCUUUCAACUCUCUGUCCUAGCACGGCGCGUCCUGUGGGAGACGCGUCGCACCAAAUCCUUGGGUCGCUCGAGCGUCUCAGCCACCGACGCGAAAUUUGGGUAGGCGCGUGACGUCAAUCGAGCCGAAGGUUGCCGUUGUCAAUGCCAACGCCAGGGCCACUGCUCUGGCUGAAUAAAUAAACAAAUCAACA